AUGGAAGAUGCUGCAGCUCCCUCUGGCGGCCGCGAGGCCCCAGGGGCCCAGGCACGUGCGGAGGCGGCCCGGGAGGGCGUGUCCCAUCCGGGCCUUCCGGUGCCGGAACCCUCCGGGGCGUCUUCGAGGGACGUCAGCGGGUCUCCGCGUGAGGCUUCGGGCCCGGCCUCCUUCCCGGUGGUCCCCGGGCCGGUCCACCUCCGCACGGCAGGCUCGAGGCAACCCCAGCCGGCCGAGGGAGGGCACCGACCCAGCUCGGAGCGGAAGAGGAGCCGCGACGGCUGGACCAAGCAGAUCGUCUGCAGGUAUUACCUCCAUGGGCAGUGCAAGGAGGGGGACGGCUGUCACUACUCGCACGACCUCUCUAGGAGGCAGAAGGCCCGGGGGGGACCAGGUGCACCAGCUCAGGCCUCUGCAGGCAGAGGCCCCAGUACGGCUGCGCAGAGCGAGCCCCCGGCUCGGGAGAUGGUGGCGGAAACCCCCCCUGCUACCGCAUCCUCAAGCUCCCUGUCUUUGAUUGGCUCGGCUGCCGCUCGGGGCUGCCCUGAAGCUGAGGGAGACGUUGCAGGUCUGGAAGCUGCGGGAGGAGUGGCUGCCAGAGGCUGGGUGGGUGCAGUGGAGUUUGUUCCUGGACAGCCCUACCGAGGUCGCUGGGACCUUCCACGGGGUCCCAUGUUUCCUCUGCCGAGGCCGGCGCCUGUGAGAGAGCAGAGGGCUGUGGAUGCAGGGAUGCCGCUUUGCCGCUACGCUGUCAGGGCCCAUUGCUUUCGCGGGGAUACCUGUCCCUACCUGCACGGAGAUGCAUGCGACAUGUGUGGGCUACACACCUUGCACCCUGCGAAUGCUGCUCAGCGGGACGAGCAUUUCAGGGAGUGCAUCGAAGCACACGAAAGAGAUAUGGAGCUCUCUUUCGCUGUGCAGCGCAGCAUGGACAAGGUGUGUGGCAUCUGCAUGGAGGUUGUCUAUGAGAAAUCCGACCCCAACGACCGCCGCUUUGGCAUCCUUUCCAGCUGCAGCCACACCUACUGCCUCAGUUGUAUCCGCAGGUGGAGAAGUGCUACACAGUUUGAGAACAGGAUCAGUAAGUCGUGCCCACAGUGCAGGGUGCCAUCCAGCUUUGUUAUCCCCAGUAACCUCUGGAUUGAGGAUGAGGAGGAGAAGGAGAAGCUUAUCCAACAGUAUAAGGAAGGAAUGCGCAAUAAGCACUGCCGGUAUUUUGCUCAAGGCAGGGGUCACUGCCCUUUUGGCGUGUUCUGUUUUUACAAGCAUGAAUACCCCGAAGGCUGGGGAGAUUUCUAUCAGAGGCCAGAUGAAGGUGAUGAUGGUGGUGGUGGUGGAUCGGCCAUCACUUACUGGCAUCAAGUUUUGGAGCCUGUGCGGGUGCAAGAGGUCUACAUGCCCCUUAAAUGCCGCAAAAAGGAGCAUGUCUUGUUCCGUCUGGCCAGUCAGUUGUUGAAGAAGUUCCUUUCACUGAGAGCUGAUGUUUCCUUCUCUCAUGAUGAGCUGCUCCUGCUUCAUUAUCAGCUGGAAGAAUAUUUCUAUUUCUACCUGUAA